AGGCUCGAGUCGGUGACCUGUUGCUUUAAAUAUUUCUGCCGUAGAGGAUUAUGGGUAAUACAUCUCCUUUCCCUUCUCGCGAUGCGUGAGGACCGCCGAUCGUGCGUUUGCGAAUCUUCCUGAAUUUGGACCGAAUGUUCUGAAUCCUCGACGCGGGACGCCCCCUGAUCACGACUUUAGUGGACUAAAACAUCAAUGGUGCAGUCUUCGUGUCCGGUUGGAGUCGUCUCGUGCACGUUGAAGCAUCUCGGCCCAGCUUAGCUUAGUUUGCUAGCAAAGAGACACGUUUGUGAGCAACACUUCGCUAAGCAGAGAUCAAGCGUGAGAGUGGAAAGUGUCGUGAUCGUCCUGUGAAAAUGUGUGCAAGAAGGACAGCCGAGUCCGAGGAGGAACUUUGUGGACCAAAAGAGGAGAAGGAGCCACAACGUCAACUACUGGACGAUGUGUUCAAUCUGCAGCCUCGAACUGUGCUAAGCAGAGCAGACAGCACUGAAGAUCUUCGUACUGAGCAGCAGGAGCCAGAGCCCCUUCACAUUAAACAGGAAGUGGAGGACGAAGAGGUCCACCACAUCAAAGAGGAAGAGGAGCCCAUUUUGAUUAAAAAAGAAGAAGCGUGCCCCCACAUCAAACAGGAAGAGGAGGAGGAUAGCACCAAAUUUCCAUCGACUGGUGUUCCCUUGAAGAGGGAAGAUGAAGGUCAAAGUGAGGAGAGCAGAGGGGCGGAGCCUCCAAGCAGCAGCUCAAGUCAACACAUGACAACAGAAGGUGAUGGAGACCACUGUGGAGGAUCACAAGCAGCCGGACUCUCAGUUCCACAAUUAGAUUGUGACAACAUGUCGUUGCACUCUGCUCACACUGAUAAAGAUGAGGAGGAUGAUGAACAGUUGGAAGGUGAUAUGACAUGUCAGACUGACAACAAACAAUGGAAAUGUUCUCAGUGUGGGAAAACAUUCGCUUAUAAGAGCAUUUUGAAAGAACACGUGAGAACACACACGGGAGAAAGACCUUUUUCCUGCUCAAUUUGUGGUCAAAGAUUCACUGUGAAGAGAAGCUUAAAAAUACACACAAGAACCCACACUGGUGAGAAACCUUUUUCCUGCUCAGUUUGUGGUCAAAGAUUCUCUGAGAAGGGAAGCUUAAUUAAACACACAAGAACCCACACUGGUGAGAAACCUUUUUCCUGCACAGUUUGUAGUCAAAGAUUCUCUGUGAAGGAAAGCUUAAAAAUACACACAAGAACCCACACUGGUGAGAAACCUUUUUCCUGCACAGUUUGUGGUCAAAGAUUCACUCAGAAGGUACACUUAAAUAAACACACAAGAACCCACACUGGUGAGAAACCUUUUUCCUGCUCAGUUUGUGGUCAAAGAUUCUCUGUGAGGGGAAGCUUAAAAAUACACACAAGAACACACACUGGUGAGAAACCCUUUUCCUGCUCAGUUUGUGGUCAAAGAUUCUCUUUGAAGGGAAGCUUAAAACUGCACACAACAACACACACUGGUGAGAAACCCUUUUGCUGCUCAGUUUGUGGUCAAAGAUUCAUUCGGAAGGGAAAGUUAACACAACACACAAGAACCCACACUGGUGAGAAACCCUUUUCGUGCUCAGUUUGUGGUCAAAGAUUCACCAGGAAGGGAACGUUAACACGACACACAAGAACCCACACUGGUGAGAAACCUUUUUCCUGCUCAGAUUGUGGCCAAAGAUUCUCUAUGAAGGAACACUUAAAAAUACACACAAGAACGCACACUGGUGAGAAACCUUUUUCCUGCUCAGAUUGUGGCCAAAGAUUCUCUAUGAAGGAACAUUUAAAAAUACACACAAGAAUGCACACUGGUGAGAAACCUUUUUCCUGCUCAGUUUGUGGCCAACGAUUCUCUAUGAAGGAACACUUAAAAAUACACACAAGAACCCACACUGGUGAGAAACCUUUUUCCUGCUCAGUUUGUGUUCAAAGAUUCUCUUAUAAGUAUCAAGCUAAGGCACACAAGUGUGCUCGUGAAACUAGCAAGUGAUCAAGAAGCUUUUAAUGUAAAUGUUUAAAAAAGUACUGUUACUGACUUACAAAAAUCCACAUUCUUGUAUUCUGUGUACCAGCUUUUAUUGUAUCUUCUUCUUGUCCAUAUAUUUUCUUAAAGCCUCCCGCAGGCAAGUGUUGCGAAUUAGAUCAGAAUCAUCUUUAUUUGCCAAGUAUGUCCAAAAAACGCACAACAAAUUUGUCUCCGGGAGUUGGAGCCGCUCUCGUACGACAACAGACAUUCAAUUGACAGAGAACACUUUUGACAAAAACAGUCACUGAGCAGUGAAGGGUUGCUAGUUCUCUGGUAAUGCCGGUACAAAUGAUCUUUUUUUUUUUUUUUUGACAGUUGUGCAAAAAGAUGCAGAGUCCUCUAGCACUUAGAGCAGUUCGAAUGACUGAUCUCGCAAUAGUCCGGUGCAAUGACCAUUGUGCAAAGGGCGCCGAGACUUCAAGGAGUGUAUGCAGUUUAAAGUGAUGAGUAGUGCGACUGUUUAGCUUAGUUUGUAUCAUUUUAAUGAUGACAUCCUACUCAAUUUGCAAUUUUUCAGCACAUUACAGCAAGCUGUUUUUAAUUAUUUUUUUUUAUUUCGUGAAAAGUUGUCAUUUUAAAGGUGAGGGGAUUCCACCUGACUGCUACGAUAUAUAUAAAAUAUGACUAAUUACUGCCACUUUAUAGUGUAGUACAUAUGUCAAACUCAGGCCUGGGGGCCAAAUUUGCCACACAAUGUAAUUAUGUUUGGCCCGCAAGACCAUAUCAAAUGUGUAUUAGAGCUGGCCCGCCAGUAUAUAGCACUUGCGCCACUAAUAUUACAAAUCUCAGAAUGCUUUGCUCGUGUGUUGGCCCAUCAGUCUUGACCAGCCAGCGCCCCUUGCUUUUCUCUUGCAGUCGUUAGCAACUAUGCUACCAGUCUCCUCGAGCAAAUUUACACUUCUCCUUCCCAAAUCUGCCUUUAGAGGCAGAUUAUCUGUUCACUAAAGUAAAAGACAGAGCUAUUUGUCGUGUGCGGAGCAACGUGGCUGUAGCAAAGAAUAUAAUUGAAUUAAUGUUUUUUUUUUAAUGCCCUUUAUCAACUCCUAGGCAGGGACUGUUGAUAGUUUGAGGUUUGGAUUAUUAUUGAAGGACAUUCUUAUUUUUUUGGGUUGUUUUGUUGUUGGCCUUUGAAAAAAGAAAGGUAGUUGCAGAUAGAUAAAUAGAAGACAGAGAGACAGAAUAAAUCUAUUUAAAUACAAAACAACAAACAAAUACCACCAAUGUCUUUUAUCGCAAAUUAGAUUUUUCUCGUUUAUAAUAUUAACGUUUGUUUAUUCCAGAUUCAGUGUUUAAGCAAAAUUUAAGUUUGUUGUCAUAUGAUAAGCUUUAACGCUACAUUUCUGCAGAAAAGGGAAACAUGCACAUCGCAUUGAUUUUUUUCUCAUUAAAUAUUGAGUUUGGCCCGUGACGUUGUCCCAAUUUUUAAUUUUGGUCCCCCCGUGAAUUUGAGUUUGACACCCCUGGACUGAAGUACAUUAAUUUUCCCACACCAGCUAUGCUAGUGCUUUUCAAGUUUCGAUGGCGAUGAAAAAGGGCCGUUUGAAAGGGAAUUAAUGCUUUCCCAAUUGCUCGAAAACAUAUUUGAACUGACUGCCAGUUUAAUUUUCUUGAGCAAAAAAAAUACAUAAAAUGAACUUGUUUGUGAAAUAUGGACCAUUAAGACCCAUACUUCCUUUAAGCAAUGCAUGAGUUUUGUCCAAUGUUUUAGACUGGAAAGAAACUUCGACUUUUGGUGGAAACUGUAAAGUGUAUUUGUGAUCCCUAAUAAAAUACACUCCUUUAAACAGUGA